AUGGACGCUCUGGUGCAGGUGUUCUCCCAUUCGUUGGAUCCUAAUCCAAAUGCUCGCAAGGCCGCCGAGCUCGAGCUCAAGAAAGUCGAAGCCCACGAUGGAAUGCUCUCGUCGGUCUUCCAGAUCGUAUCGUCCGCUCAGGUCGACGCUUCAGUAAGGCAAGCCGCUGCCAUCUACUUCAAGAACCGUGUUCGCAGACACUGGGACGCGACUGUCGUCCGUGGUGCUCCCAGUGUCGUCGUCAUCCCUCAGAGCGACAGGGAUGCGAUCAAGGCCAUCAUCCUCCAGACGCUCGUCGAGGCUCCUGCUCCCAUCCGUGUUCACGUUGCAAGUGCGCUGGGUACGAUUGCACGAUGUGAUUUUCCCGAUCAGUGGCCACACCUCAUGGACCAGAUCGGACAGUUGCUCCAGAGUCAGGAGCCGCAGCAGGUGUACGGAGGUCUCAGGGCUUUGCUCGAGGUGGUGCGAGCCUACAGGUGGAACAACGGAACAAAGAUGAUGGAGCAGCUCGCACCCGCCACUCUUCCGCUCAUCCUGCAGACCGGAAACAGUCUGCUCAACUCGGACAACGCCUCCUCUGCACAGGUUGGCGAGAUCCUCUAUGUCAUUCUCAAGAUCUACAAGACUUCGAUGCACGCAGAGCUGACCAAGCAUCAGCAGUCUCACGAGUCGAUCGUUCCCUGGGGCACGUUCUUGCUGCAAGUGGUUCAGAAGGAGAUCGACCCUUCGCAGCUGCCCUCGGACGACGACGGCAGGGAGGUGGCUCCCUGGUGGAAGGCCAAGAAGUGGGCUUUCCACUCGCUCAACAAGCUCUUCUCUCGCUACGGAAACCCAUCUCAGCUUCCCUCGGACAUGAAGAACUACAAGCCUUUCGCAGAAAACUUUGUUCAGACCUUCGCUCCGGAGAUCUUGAAAGUCUACCUUCGCAUCGCCGAUGCCAACAGCCAAGGAUCGAUGUGGAUCUCGAAGAAGGCCUUCUACUUCCUCUGCAUGUUCUUCACCGAAUGCGUCAAGCCCAAGUCCACAUGGGCGCUUCUCAAGCCGCACGUUCUCCAGCUCACCCAGUCGUUCAUCUUCCCGCGCCUCUGCUUCAGCGACGAGGAUGACGAACUGUGGGAGCUCGACGCUGUCGACUUUGUGCGUGCUAACCUCGACCCUUUCGAGGAGAUCGGAUCGGUCUCCGGAUCGGCUGCCACUUUUGUCCAGACGGUUGCGUCGAAGCGUACAAAGAGCGCCUUUAUGCCGCUGCUCGAAUUUGUCACCUCGGUGGUCAACGCCUACCCCGCCCAGAGAAGUGCAAAGGAGAAGGACGGCGCCUUCCACCUCUGCCGCGCCAUGGAUCUGACCAUGGUCAACCACGAAAAGGUCUCGGGGAUGCUCGACUCGUUCUUCGCCCAGCACGUCGUUCCCGAGAUGAAGAGCGAGCACAAGUUCCUGCGGUAUCGCGCGUGCGAUCUGGUCAAGGCCUUCGAUCACAACGGUAUGCAGUGGAGCGACAAUGCUACGCUCGAGGCGGUGUUCAGGGGUGUGAUGGACUGCAUCGGGGAUGCAGAGUUGCCCGUGAGGGUGGUCGCGGCCGAGGCGAUCGGGUCGCUGAUUGACCAUGACGAGGUGCACGCUGCUAUGGCGCCAAACGCGGCUAGGUUGAUGCAGGAAUUGCUCAAGUUGAGCGACGAGACGGAUCUCGACAUCUUGUCGCCGACCAAGUCCAAGGUGGUGGCCAACUUUGGCGAGGAGCUUUUGCCGUUCUCGAUCCAGCUGACCGAGCAGAUGGCCGAGUCGUACAUGCGUCUGGUCAACGAGAACCUCGAAAGCGCCGAACGCGAUCCGGACGGGACCAUGGAGCUCAACAUCGACAACCACGAGGACGACAAGCUGUUCGCCGCCAUGGGCUGCCUCAACACCAUCUUCCAGAUCAUCGCUUCAGCCGAAUCCAAACCCGAGAUCCUCGAGAAGCUCGAAGCCGUCGUCCUGCCCAUCGUUGCAUUCACGCUGGAAAAGGACUGCGUGGAACUCUUCGACGACUGUCUCGAACUCACCGACACGCUGACCUACUACCAGAAGAAGGUCAGUCCAGGCAUGUGGCACAUCUUCACGCUCAUCUACAAGUCAUUCAAGGGCGCCGGUAUCGACUACCUGUCCGAGAUGCUACCCACCAUCGACAACUGCGUCUCGUACGGCGUCGAGGUGGUCCAGCAGAGUCAGGAGUACAAGUCGAUGCUGGUGGACAUCUUCCUCACGGCGAUGACGUCGGAUCAGUUGGGCAUGACGGACCAGGUGGCGGCGUGCAAGUUGGCAGAUGUGAUUCUGCUGCUCUUGCGGGGAGGCGUGGACGAAGCGCUGGAGAGAAUCGUGGAGGUGGUGCUGCCGCAUACGGUGGACGAGGAGAAGGUCAAGGCGGAUGUAAGGAAAUGGUCGGUGAUCGUUGUGCUGGAUGCGUUGGUGUACAACGCGGGAGCGACGCUGCAGGUGCUCGAAGCGAAGGGUGCCACCGCGGCGUUGUUCGGAGCGAUCACGAGCUUGCUGCCAAAGCUCAACAGGGUCCACGAGAAGAAGGUCGCGGCUUCGGCCAUCAUCCAAUUGCUGGCGUUGGAACCGGCAUCGCUUCCGGCUGCGUUGCAGAACAACCUGCCUGCGUUUUUGGUCGCACUGGCAACACAGCUGGAUGGACUUCCCGAAGCGAUCAAGAAACGCAACGAACUGCUGGAAGCCUUCGAAAACGACGAGGACGAGGAGGAAGAGGACGAGACGUCGUUCGCGUUCUCAGCUGGAGGCGGUGGGGAUGCCUCUGGUUACGAAGACGUGGACGACGACAGGGAUGUAGUGGACGAAGACAACGAGUACCUGGAGAUGUUUGCACGCGAGAGGGCAAAGUUGCGGGCGAGGGCGAACGGGGAGGAGGUGGAAGACGAUGAGGAUGAGGAGGACGACUUUUUGGAGGAGGACGAUGAGGAUGACGAGCUGAGCUACGAGAGUCCGAUGGACGCGGUGCCGGUCUUCGAGCAGUUCAGGCAGCUGCUGGCGAGCUACCAGAGCGAGAGGCCGGAUGUGUGGGCCAGGAUCGCGGGUGAACUGACGAAGGAUCAGAUGACGUUGAUCCAGCAGGCUGCAGAGGGCAAGGAUGAGAGGGUCAAGACGUUGUGA